AUGCAUCUCUACAAUUUGACCCUUCAGCCACCCACCGCCAUCACGCAUGCAAUCGCGGGUAACUUCUCCGGUUCAAGACAGCAAGAAAUUAUUGUCUCUCGGGGUACACGCUUGGAGCUAUUACGACCCGACGUACAGAGCGGAAAAGUCUCCACUGUGAUUGCCAGCGACGUCUUUGGAUCCAUUCGCUCACUGGCCGCUUUUCGACUGACCGGCGGUACCAAGGACUACGCAGUUGUAGGGUCCGAUUCGGGCCGUAUUGUCAUUUUAGACUACGAUCCAAAAACAAGCAGCUUCACAAAGGUGCACCAAGAAACGUAUGGGAAGUCUGGAGCUCGGCGUAUCGUACCCGGGCAGUAUCUCGCCACCGAUCCCAAAGGCCGGAGUGUCAUGAUUUCUGCCGUCGAAAAGGCCAAGCUGGUUUACAUUCUGAACCGGGAUGCCGCAGCCAAUCUCACCAUCUCCUCUCCUUUGGAGGCCCACAAAAACAACUCGAUUAUUCACCACAUAGUUGGCUUGGAUGUCGGUUUCGAUAACCCAAUGUUUGCAGCACUCGAAGUAGAUUAUUCGGACUCAGACCAAGACCCGACAGGCGAGGCGUUUAACAAUGCUGAGAAGAUGCUGACGUACUACGAGCUUGACCUUGGUCUGAACCAUGUCGUUCGAAAAUGGAGCGAGCCGACAGACCCUCGAGCAAAUUUACUUGUACAGGUGCCAGGUGGCCAAUUGGCUUCAUCCGACCGUUAUGAUGGGCCCUCUGGUGUGUUGGUGUGCUGCGAAGACCAUAUUAUUUACCGACAUAUGGAUGCACCUCAGCACCGUAUCCCCAUUCCGCGAAGACAGCAUCCUCUCGCAGAUACGCAUCGUGGUCUUAUUAUCACAGCAGCUGUCAUGCACAAGAUGAAGGGUGCCUUUUUCUUUCUCUUGCAAAGCGAAGAAGGUGAUCUGUACAAAGUGACGAUCGAGCAUGAAGAUCAAGACGUGAGAGCAUUGAAAAUCAAGUACUUUGACACUGUGCCUAUCGCUUCAAUUGAGUAUAAUUUCAAUUGUCGUAUAUGCGUCUCUUACAUUAUUCUCGAAAGCUAUCUGUAUCAAUUCCAGAAGCUCGGCGACGAUGAUAAUGAGCCUGAAUUCUCUUCGACAUCAUUCCCGUCAUUCGGAAUGGCAGACCCGUCGUCUCCCCUGCCUCAUGCCUAUUUUAAGCCGCACAUCCUGGACAAUCUCACCUUAGUUGACGAGAUGGAGUCGCUUUCCCCAGUCUUGGAUGCUAAAGUUAUGAACCUCCUGCCAAAUUCGGAUACACCUCAAGUCUUCGCCGCAUGUGGCCGAGGAGGACGCAGCACAUUUAGGAUGCUUCGGCACGGACUUGAAGUGGAGGAAGUUGUCAGUUCCGACUUACCUGGUAUUCCCAAUGCUGUCUGGACUACCAAGCUCAAAGAAGAUGAUCCAUACGACUCCUAUAUUAUCCUUUCAUUCGUCAACGGUACACUUGUACUCUGUAUUGGCGAGACUAUCGAAGAAGUCCAAGACACAGGUUUCCUUUCAUCAGCACCCACUCUGGCUGUGCAACAAAUUGGUUACGACGCUCUCCUCCAGGUUCACCCUCAUGGUAUCCGGCAUGUACUAAGCGACAAGCGGGUGAAUGAGUGGAGAGUACCACAGGGUAAGACCAUUGUGGCUGCGACGACAAAUAAACGUCAGGUCGUCGUUGCACUGAGCUCUGCAGAGCUUGUGUACUUCGAGCUCGAUUUGGAUGGUCAGCUAAACGAAUACCAAGACCGAAAAGCCAUGGGCAGUACUGUAUUAGCGCUCAGUAUCGCAGAGGUACCCGAAGGCAGACAGCGGACCCCCUAUCUGGCUGUGGGUUGUGAAGAUCAAACUGUCCGUAUUGUCUCACUGGACCCAGAGAGUACGCUGGAGACCAUCAGCUUGCAAGCGCUGACUGCUCCACCAUCUGCAAUCUGUAUUGCAGAUAUGUUGGACGCCGGCAUAAACAAGACACAGCCAACGUCCUUUGUGAACAUUGGUCUCCAAAAUGGUGUCCUUCUACGUACUGUAUUGGACCCGGUGAACGGACAAUUGACAGACACCCGCACUCGAUUCUUGGGAACUCGUCCUAUUAAGCUGAUUCGAGUGCUCGUCCAACGCAAUCCGGGUAUUUUGGCGCUGUCAUCGCGAUCAUGGCUAAAUUACACGUACCAAAACCUCAUGCACUUCACGCCUCUCAUAUUCGAGAACCUCGACUAUGCGUGGAGCUUCUCUGCUGAGCUUUGCCCAGAGGGUCUUAUUGGAAUCUCUGGCAGCGUACUUCGGAUUUUCCAGAUACCCAAACUGGGCACAAAGCUUAAACAGGAUGCAAUUCCCCUUUCAUACACUCCACGCAAGUUCAUUUCGCAUCCCACGAAUGGACUGUUUUACCUCAUCGAAGGGGAUCACCGUGUGAGGAGUGACGAGGCCUCUGCCAAGGCAUUGGGAGAAUUGCGACAGCAAGGGAAGAUGGUCGAUGAUGAACUAGUAAAUCUCCCUCCGGAAACGUUUGGGCGACAGAAGGCCCCUGCUGGUACUUGGGCAUCAUGCAUCCGUAUCAUAAAUCCAGUUGAUGCAAAAACCGUGAACAUCAUUCCACUGGACAAUAAUGAGGCUGCGUUCUCCCUUGCCGUUGUCUCAUUUUCCGCGCGCUCUGGCGAACUGCACUUAGUGGUAGGAACCGCACAGGAUACAUUCCUAGCUCCACGAUCAUGUACAAGCGGUUUCCUGCGAACGUACAGGUUUACCGAUGAUGGCACAAACCUAGAGCUGCUGCACAAGACCGAAACGAACGAUGUCCCGCUUGCAGUCUUGGGCUUUCAAGGCAGGCUUGUCGCUGGCGUUGGAAAAGCUCUUAGAUUGUACGAUAUGGGCAAAAAGAAGCUUCUCCGGAAAGUGGAGAACAAGACCUUUGCUUCUGCUAUCGUCAGUCUCGCAACCCAGGGUUCGCGAAUCCUCGUUGGGGAUAUGCAAGAAUCAGUGUCGUUCGCCGUCUACAAGCCGCCAGAAAACAAGUUGCUCGUGUUCGCCGACGACACGCAGCCGCGGUGGACGUCAGCGAUGACCAUGGUGGACUAUAAUACUGUAGCCUCUGCCGAUCGCUUUGGCAACAUCUACGUGAAUCGUCUGGACCCGAAGGUAUCCGAACAAGUCGAUGACGACCCCACCGGUGCGGGUAUCUUGCACGAAAAGGGUCUCCUGGCAGGCGCACCCCAUAAGACGGAGUUGCUAUCGCACUUUCAUGUUGGAGACAUUGUAACGUCAAUUAACAAAGUGUCACUGGUGGCGGGUGGACGCGAGGUGUUACUCUACACCGGGCUGCAUGGGACGAUCGGCAUCUUGGUGCCAUUUGUGUCGAAGGAAGACGUGGACUUUAUCUCAACGCUGGAACAGCACAUGCGGACAGAGCAGCUAAGUCUGGUGGGGCGGGACCACCUGACGUGGCGAGGGUACUACGUGCCGGUGAAGGCGGUCGUGGACGGGGACCUGUGCGAGACGUUUGCACGGCUGCCGGCGAGCAAGCAGAGCGCGAUUGCGGGAGAGCUGGACCGGACGGUGGGCGAGGUGCUAAAGAAGUUGGAGCAGCUACGGGUGACGGCCAGUGGAUUCUAG